AUGGAAUUGAUCUCAGACAUUGUUCAAGAAUUUAGUGCCUCCGCACAUACUCCUCGGGAGAUUAAACUUCUUCAGCAGCUGCUACCUGAUUUAGCUCGGCAAGACAGGAUGGUUCAAAACAAAUGGAAGAGCUAUUCAGCAGCAGGGAAUUUUAUAGAAAAGAAUGACGAAAUAGUCCAUAUCAAUAAAUGCAGAUACAUUUAUGCCCGAUUGAAGCGCAAGAUCGCUUUAAUUCGAAAAAAAUACAAAGAUCAACCACUAAAGAGAAUCGAUCUGGUUCUAAAUUUGGUGGUAAGGUGCACCCAACUGAUGAACUUAACAAAUUCAACAAGCCGAGAAAUGCUGAUUCCACUUAAUGAUGGAUAUAGACUUGGAAUUCUUUUGGAAGAUAUAAUCAACAAAACUUACAUCAGACAAAAAUUGUCAAUGAGACAGUUUUAUGGAUUCAGGAUACAACAAAGGCUUAACGAGGGAUACACUCUUCUACAAGCUAGAAGACUAUUGCAGAAGUACAUCGUGGAUGGUUACCUGGCAAUUGAGGAAGAAAGAUUCCAUUAUAUAAAAAAUGACCAGAAAAAACUUAGGUCUAAUCUUGCUUCGAGAUUGAUGGAUGUUGUUGUCCAAGGAGAUUCUGAUUGUUCAAUGGUAGGAAAACUGUCCUAUUGGCUUCUACGCACACUGGGGGACCUAGAUAUAGGGCACAAAAUUAUCAAGAUGCAAUAG